CGAAUAUAGGACAAAUUGUAAAUCUUCUAGCAAAUGAUGUCAACAAAUUUUAUACCAAUAUCUUCACCAUUUUAUAUUUAUUCACAAAUCCUUUUCUACUGAUUACUGCUGUAUUGAUUCUAUGGCAAUACUGCAGAUGGGCCAUUUUAAUUGGACUUUCGGUCAUAUUUGUGUACUUUCCGUUACAACUUUUGUUGGGCAAACUAUACUCAAAAUUGAGAUUGCAGGCAGCUGUAUUGGGAGACGAAAGGUUGAAUUUGUUGAACGAGGUAAUUGUUGGCAUGAGAUUAGUUAAAAUGUAUACUUGGGAAUUGCCAUUCGCUUCGUUAAUAGAAAAAAUCAGGAAGAAAGAAAUGAAGAAAGUGAAAAUGUUUAUAUAUGCUCGAGGAAUACCAUUAACAUUGGGAUAUCCUGUGUCAAGACUAUUUACUUGUCUUACUUUCCUUGCCAUAGUUUUGUCUGGAAGCACGUUAAAUGCUCAAAUUGUGUUUGUCACAAUGUACGUUUCGAUUUUCAUCUAUUUUGGCACCGUUGUUUUGUUUUCGAAAGCAGUCAAUCUCAUUGCUGAAAUUCGUGUUUCAUUGAAAAGAAUUCAGGACUUUCUUCUACUUCAAGAAAAAGAAAAUAAUUCAGUCGAAAUUGCAAAUGAAAAGACAAAACUAAACGAAUGUGGAAUAUGGAUGAAAAAUGUUAUGGCUACGUGGAAUAAUAAAACCGGAUGGACAUUAAAUGGGAUCACAUUAAGCGUACAACCUGGAGAAUUGUUAGCUGUUAUUGGUUCUGUUGGAUCAGGAAAGGCAAUUAAUUUAAGUUCUUUAUCUCUGGCAAAAUCGAAUAUAGGACAAAUUGUAAAUCUUCUAGCAAAUGAUGUCAACAAAUUUUAUACCGCAAUUAAUUUAAGUUCUUCAUCUCUGACAAAAUCGAAUAUAGGACAAAUUGUAAAUCUUCUAGCAAAUGAUGUCAACAAAUUUUAUACCACAGCUGUAUUGGGAGACGAAAGGUUGAAUUUGUUGAACGAGGUAAUUUUUGGCAUGAGAUUAGUUAAAAUGUAUACUUGGGAAUUGCCAUUCGCUUCGUUAAUAGAAAAAAUCAGGAAGAAAGAAAUGAAGAAAGUGAAAAUGUUUAUAUAUGCUCGAGGAAUACCAUUAACAUUGGGAUAUCCUGUGUCAAGACUAUUUACUUGUCUUACUUUCCUUGCCAUAGUUUUGUCUGGAAGCACGUUAAAUGCUCAAAUUGUGUUUGUCACAAUGUACGUUUCGAUUUUCAUCUAUUUUGGCACCGUUGUUUUGUUUUCGAAAGCAGUCAAUCUCAUUGCUGAAAUUCGUGUUUCAUUGAAAAGAAUUCAGGACUUUCUUCUACUUCAAGAAAAAGAAAAUAAUUCAGUCGAAAUUGCAAAUGAAAAGACAAAACUAAACGAAUGUGGAAUAUGGAUGAAAAAUGUUAUGGCUACGUGGAAUAAUAAAACCGGAUGGACAUUAAAUGGGAUCACAUUAAGCGUACAACCUGGAGAAUUGUUAGCUGUUAUUGGUUCUGUUGGAUCAGGAAAGACAUCUCUAUUGAUGUCAAUAUUAGGAGAGAUUCCUAUUAUUUCUGGAACAGUGUCAGUGAAAGGAAAAAUAUCUUAUUCUUCACAAGAAGCAUGGAUAUUUAACGGAACAAUUAGAGAAAAUAUUAUAUUUGGAGAAGAAUAUCAGGAAGAGAGAUAUAGAAAAGUUUUACACAUAACGACCCUUGAGAAGGAUAUACGCUUAUUUCCUAAUGGAGAUUUGACCCUAGUAGGAGAAAGAGGGGUGAUAAUGAGUGGUGGGCAGAAGGCAAGAAUUAAUCUAGCAAGAGCGCUAUAUCUCGAUGCAGACAUAUUUUUACUUGAUGAUCCAUUGAGUGCCGUCGAUGUUCCAGUAGCCAGACAUUUGUUCCAAAAGUGUAUAAUGGAAUACUUGAACGAUAAAAUUUGCAUUUUAGUCACACAUCAAACACAGUUUUUGAAUUCUACAACUAAGGUUUUAAUGCUAAAUGGGGGAACCUGUGAAUUUAUUGGAAGUUAUUAUGAAGUCGGAAACUUAGACAAAUAUACUGCAAAUUUAUCAAAAGAGGAAACAGCUGAAAAAUACAUGGAGUUUUUAAAUUUUUCUUACACUCAUAAAGAAAUUGAAAACAAUUACAAUGGCGUAUCUCACGAAAUACAAGAAACUAGUGAUGGAAAUGUAUUAAAUGGAAAAAGUGAUCUGAAUACAGAGUUUAAAGUAGGGGUCUCCAAAGUGGUCGAUAAGACGAGAAGUCCAGUAUUUUCCCAUCUGAGUGUAUCCCUUUACGGACUUACUCAAAAUUCAGGAAAAACACCGAACUUUACCACAAAAAUAGUGACCAUUAACAACACUAAACAUGAACAUUUUUAUCAUGUUCGUGAAUUGAACAUUUACAUCUAUUUUGGAUUGAUAUCAGCUAUAAUAUUAACGGCAAUUUCAUCUGCCUCAUUAUUAUACGAACUCUUUGUUGCUGCCUCUAUAAAACUUCACAACAAUAUGUUUCGUUGUAUUAUUCGUACUCCAAUUUCUUUCCUGGAUAACAAUCCCAGUGGUAAAAUCCUGAAUAGAUUUUCAAGAGAUACAAAUAGCAUGGAUGACUUGUUACCACUUGUUUUACACGAAGCUAUCAGGGCAGUUAGUAUGGUAAUCGGAAUAGUUGUUAUUGAAGGAAUUAUUUGCCCUUAUCUAUUCAUAGUGAAGGCCAUAGUUUUAAUGUCAUUUUUUCUUAUGUGGACGAUCCAUUGCCGUGUUUUGAAAAGCAUAAAAUAUCUGGAAGGAAAAUCGAGAAGUCCAGUAUUUUCCCAUCUGAGUGUAUCCCUUUACGGACUUACAACAAUCAGAGCAUUUAAUGUUAAAAAUAAAUUUAUAUCAACUUUUAACGAAUACCAGGAUAAGCACACUGCAACGUGGUUCAUUUACGUAGCAUUGAAUCGAUGGAAUUGCACCUAUUGUCAAAUUAUAUGUUUUCUAAAUCUUAUUGCCACUAUUGUAGUUUUAUGUAUUACAAUGCCUUCAAUUGAUGCGGGAAGCAAAAUUGGGCUUAUAAUAAAUUAUGAAUUAAUUUUAAUUUUGUAUUUUCAAUGGUGUAUUUAUCAUUUGUCUGAAACAGAGUAUCAGAUGAAUUCCGUUGCACGUAUACUGAAUUACAGCGUAUUAAAAUCAGAAGCAGCUUACGAAUCUUCUCCUGAUGAACAACCUCCUGCCGAUUGGCCUCAGAAAGGAGAAAUUGAGUUUAAAAAUGUUUCUUUAAAAUAUUCGAAUGACAGAAGUAUUGUUUUAAAUAAUUUGUCUUUUCUUAUUAAGCCAGGAGAAAAGAUAGGAAUUGUUGGACGAACGGGAGCCGGAAAGAGUUCUAUAGUUGCUAGUUUAUUCCGUAUGACAGAGCCAACAGGAAUAAUAACCGUGGACGGAAUUGACACUAAAAAUAUUGGUCUUCGGGAUCUACGUAGUAAAAUCUCAAUUAUUCCUCAAGAUCCUGUGUUAUUUACUGGUCCUCUUCGCAGAAACAUUGACCCUUUCAAUGAAUAUUCCGAAGAAAUGUUAUGGCAAGCGAUCGAAGAGGUACAGUUGAAAGAUGUUAUAAAAAAUUUGCCUGGAGGAAUAGAUACGCAUUUAACAGAAGGAGGACGAAAUUUCAGCGUUGGAGAAAGACAGUUAAUUUGUCUUGCCAGGACAAUCCUUUGUCAGAAUAAAAUUCUUGUCAUGGAUGAAGCAACAUCCAAUAUCGAUAAAAUGACUGACACUCGUAUUCAGAAAAUUAUUCGUGAGAAUUUUAAAUCAUGUACAGUGUUAACGAUAGCACAUAGAUUAAAUACAAUUAUCGAUUCAGACAGAGUUUUGGUAUUACAUUCAGGAACUAUUCAAGAGUUUGAUGCACCAUAUAUAUUACUAAAUGAUGUAAAUAGUACUUUUUAUAAUUUGGUAAAGAACACAGGAAAGACUUCAGAGAAAGAUCUUUAUAAUAUUGCCAAUAAUAAAAUUUCUGGUCGGAAAAUUAUAAGUGAAUAGAUACUUACUAUACAAAUUAUUUUUUGUACUUUCUGGAUUAUUAUUCAUCUUUUAAGACUUUCUUCUUAGAAGCUUGUCUUUGAUCAUUCGUUUCAUGUAAGAAUUCAAAUCGCCGACAUCUCAAAUUUACAAUAUUUUACUUGUCGUUACGUUGUUAAAUUUAUGGUUAGUCAUUUAAAUGAAGAUUUUUCGAAUGUCUAAUGUGAAGGUUCAGCUAAACUGACGAUGAUUGAAAUCUUGCUGAAUAACAGAACAUUUGUUAAUAUGAUAAAAGUUAAUGAUUAUUAGUGAAUAUAAUAUCUUAAUAUUUUGUUGCACAGUUAACAUUUAUACGAAGUUUUUGAAAAUUAUUAAUAACCGGAAACUAGCUUUUUCAGAACUCCUAUAAUAUAUUGUGAAAUAAUUAGCAUGAUAAUGUUUUCACCACGGAAAACAUAUAGGUGUAUUGUAAUGAUUGUAUUGAUUUUGUGUGAUGUAAGGGAAAAUAAAAAAAAUAUGUAUCAUUUCUGCAA